UUAAGUGUAGUCCAGUUUAAUGUUAAUUUUGUAAAAUUUUACAAAAUUUUCAAAUCAACCAGACAUUAAAUUCAUUCAAAUUUUUACAAAAACUUUGGGAUAGUGCCAGCAAAAUGUGUGAGCUUGCAAGCUGUCGUAAAAUAUGCUCUUCAAUGACAGAUCGUUUGCUAAAUGAGUGAUGUGUGCCAACAGCAGAAAAAGAGGCAGCCGAUACGGCGGAUGAGAUCCAUUUAUCAGGUGCACUACGGUCUGCGUCCACGCGAGGACGAGAUGACGGCGCGGCCAUUUGUGCUGCCGACGGAGUCUCCAGAGGUGCACAGGUACGCGCUCCAGGUAGCUGGUCACCAGACCACAAAGGAUACAAAGUAUCUAGGUCUUCUCCAAUGCAGCAACGGCAGAAUACUAAAGCCGAUAUUAAAGGAAUCUCAGAAGCGCGAAGUGGAUUUCUACGAGCGGCUGGCGAGCACCAAGGACCCUGAUUUGUUGGAGUUGCGCAAGUUCACGCCGCAGUACUACGGCGUGCGACAGUUCGCGUACAAUGGACACGAAUUGGAGUACAUAAUGCUGGAGGACCUCACUGAGAGGAUGCUGGAGCCCUGCAUCAUGGAUGUUAAGAUUGGUAAGAGGACUUGGGAUAAGUUCGCGAGCGCGGAGAAGAUAGCGAGCGAGGAGAGCAAGUACCGGCGCUGCAAGCAGGAGUACUGCUUCUGUAUCCCCGGGUACCAGGUGUACCGGGUGGACCGCGGGGACCUGCACAAGUACGGCAAGGACCACGGCAAGCGUCUACACGGACACAUGGUCAUCGCCGCGAUCCGCAACUACCUGAACGCGGGGUGUGUGGGGGUUGAGGGUGGGGGUGGUGGUGGUGCGGAGGUGUCGGCGUGCCGCGCGCUGGUGCUGCAGCAGGUGGCGUGCCUGUGGGCGCUGCAGAGAUGGGCGUCGCGCGCUCGCUCGCUGCGUCUCACAUCCACGUCUCUGCUGCUCGUGUACGACGCGGCCAGACUGCGCACUUGCUGCACACAAAAUCGUUCCUACAAGCCGAUAGCGAGACGCAAAUCCAUACAUUCCACGGACAGUCCCACUGCGGGCUCCAACUUCAGCGGUCAGCUCGGCUCCAAGGGGCCGGUCUACCGUAAAGUGAACUCUGUACCUCUCAGCCCCAUGUCAGUCGCACGCAACUACUUCUCACCUCCUCCUCCUAUCACAUCGCCCUGGUCUGAAGCCUUGGAACGAUUAAAUCAUAAUCAUUCCUUCGAACAUAACUAUGAAAAUAAAUUAUCUAAAAUAAAAAUGAAUUAUCGAGCGACAUUGGAUCAACUGUGCAGUGAGAUGCCUCACCCCAACCCCUGGGGCACGGUCAAGCUGAUAGAUUUCGCACACGCUUACUUUGAUGAUGAUGAAGAUAACGUCGACUACAAUUUCAAAGAAGGCAUCGAUAGUUUGGUUCAAAUCUUCGAAAUGUUACUCCAAGAGACUGAUGAUCAGGUUUUCUGACAAAUUUGUCAAAAUUAAUCAUAUGAGGAAAGUUCAUAGAAAACCUCACAGAAAUUGUCUACUUUUUUUUCAUAUAUAGUAGUCAUAAAAGUGAUAAUAUGGAGGUGGACCGUUACUGUGUAAACAUACUUGUUUGAAUACAUCGUCCAUUAACCAUAGGUUUUUGAGACCAAAAUCCUCGUUAAAAACAUUACAUCUGCUGUCAUAGAUAAGUCAAUAAACAACAAUAAACAAGACUUAACACAAUGUAAUUUAAUAUAAUAUUGUUAAAACUAAUAAUAAUUUUGUUCAACCCUUAAUAGCCUGAUUUACAUACGAUAGUUAUUUAUUUUUAACAUUACUGUGUUUGCUUGAUAAAAUAAAACAAU